AUUUUAUUGUGACGCGAAUAUCCAUCGCAGCGGGAAAAAUGGGUCGGGAAAUGUGAUGGGGGGUCUGCCCUUCCAAGGCAGCCGGUCGUCAGUUUGCUCCGAGCAGUCUGAGUGGAAAGACGUGCCUCCGCGUGAAAUGCUUCAAGAGGCCUUCAAGGACGACUGCAUUUCAAGGUCACAGUCCGGGAGGUGGCACAAGGCAUUCAAGGAGAGCCGGGAGGAGGUCGCCGACGAACCCCGUUCUGGACGCCCAACAACGGCCAGAACCGACGAAAACGUGAAUC